AUGAAGGAUAAAAACCUAAAUUCUCCUCCUUCCAAUAACGCUCCUACAGAAAAAAAAGUUAGGUGCGAGAGAGGAUCCUCUCAGUGUUUAAGGUGCAAGAAUGAUAAAGUGGAAUGCCACUUUGUAAAGGCCACUAAGAAGAGAGGGCCACUUAAGAAAAGCUUAUGCAACAAUAACGACAAACUACCUGAAAAUCAUUUGUCUAAUAAUCGAUUUUCCGACUUUAUGAAAAGUAUAAAGGAUACGGAAAAAGUUUCCAAUACUACAAAGGAUCUCCAGCCAAGAGAAGAAAAUCGAAAGUUCGAUGCUAGCCCUAAAGAAGAAGAUAAAGGAGGUAGAACAAAAAAUCCUUGUUCGAAUGGAACGGAGAAUCAAAUUUUCGAUAUGAAAAAUAGUAGCUGUUCUCAAGGAACAGAGUAUCAAUAUACAAGCCUAGAAAUUUUUGACAUUAAUGAAAAUCUAAUUUUUGACAUUAAUGCUUUUGAUAAUAAUUUAUCUGAAAUUUCAGAAUUUAAUUCAAAUCAUUUAGUAGAAAAGAAAGAUCAAUUUUAUGACCAUUUUACGACUGAUGACAGUUCUCAUGAUUCGAUUAAUGAAGUUUACUCCAAGAUGGUUUUUUAA